AUGAAGCUCUCUAACGAGGGCUGGAUCCGCCAAUUGCUCACUAAUGACAGCUAUAACGACCCGAGUGAGAGCCCCAAACACCGCAGGUCACAAGCGGUGACCUCUCGUACUGGUCCCAGUAGUCUUGACACCUCCAGUACUGGUCCCAGUAGCCUUGACACCUCCAGUACUGGUCCCAGUAGCCUUGACACCUCCAGUACUGGUCCCAGUAGCCUUGACACCUCCAGUACUGGUCCCAGUAGCCUUGACACCUCCAGUACUGGUCCCAGUAGCCUUGACACCUCCAGCACUGGUCCCAGUAGCCUUGACACCUCCAGUACUGGUCCCAGUAGCCUUGACACCUCCAGUACUGGUCCCAGUAGCCUAGACACCUCCAGUACUGGUCCCAGUAGCCUUGACACCUCCAGUACUGGUCCCAAUAGCCUUGACACCUCCAGUACUGGUCACAGUAGCCUUGACACCUCCAGUACUGGUCCCAGUAGUCUUGACACCUCCAGUACUGGUCCCAGUAGCCUUGACACCUCCAGUACUGGUCCCAGUAGCCUUGACACCUCCAGUACUGGUCCCAGUAGUCUUGACACCUCCAGUACUGGUCCCAGUAGCCUUGACACCUCCAGUACUAGUCCCAGUAGCCUUGACACCUCCAGUACUGGUCCCAGUAGCCUUGACACCUCCAGUACUGGUCCCAGUAGUCUUGACACCUCCAGUACUGAUCCCAGUAGCCAUGACACCUCCAGUACUGGUCCCAGUAGCCUUGACACCUCCAGUACUGGUCCCAGUAGCCUUGACACCUCCAGUACUGGUCCCAGUAGCCUUGACACCUCCAGUACUGGUCCCAGUAGUCUUGACACCUCCAGUACUGGUCCCAGUAGCCUUGACACCUCCAGUACUAGUCCCAGUAGCCUUGACACCUCCAGUACUAGUCCCAGUAGCCUUGACACCUCCAGUACUGGUCCCAGUAGCCGUCAGUAA